AUGUUUUCCGGUUAUUUUAAAUCUCAAAGCAUCGGUCCAGGGGUUGAAUACAACAUGAGAGACGACGAUUCGAAUAUACACGUUGGCAUACCUAAACUCCGAGGUGUAUCGGAACAAAUUGUCCAAGAAGGUUUGGAAGGAGUCGCCUUGCAAAGUCUUUCACAAUGUCCAUCCAUGGAUUCGAAAACGAAAAACGCAUCUUCCACAAUAUGUUCAAGCCGACGCAAUUCAAAUUCGCAAGGACCGAGUUUGACGGCAUCGGUCAUUGUUAACGUGCCAACAUCGACAACGAGAACCGAAGAAGAAGAAGAAGAUGAAGAUGAUGAAAGAGGAGGACUAGGAGUAAGAGUAGGAGUAGAAGAUGAUAUAGACGACGGAAGGACCGAAAUGACGUCGGGUAGUAUACCUGUGACGACAUCAGGACCGACGUCAUCUUCAACGUCGACGACGGAUUCCAGGCCGCACAUUAGAAUUUCAUCGUUGUAA